AUGGAGGCCCACGAAGAUGCGGAGCUCCAGGCCGAGGGGGCCUCCCUUUUCCCCGCGGGCCUGACCUUGGACGAGGUGCGCGAAGCCGUGCGCGGCAUCAAGGCCUACGUCGAAUUCGACCGCCAGGACCACGUCGUGUUCUCGUACGUGCUGGUCACCACCGAGACCUUCCCCGACCCGGCCCUCGCUCCCGACCCGACGACGCGGCGUGUGUGGCAGGUGAGGCGCGAAUGCCGCGGGCUCGUGUUCGCCAAAUCCGGUGAACUCCUCUCGCGCCGGUACCACAAGUUCUUCAACAUCAACGAGUCUCGGGAGGCCAACGUGGCCAACAUCGACUUCUCCCGCCCGCACGUCAUCCUUGAGAAGCUCGACGGCUCCAUGGUCUCGCCGUACGUGGUGGCGGGUCGGCUGCUGUUCGCCACGAAGAAGGGUCCCUCGCCCGUGGGAAACGACGUCGCGCAGUUCGUGGAGCGGGUCAAGGCGGCUCAGGACUACGCGGCCUUCUGCCACACCUGGAUACAGCACGGCUACACCCCGCUGUUUGAAUGGUGCUCGCGCAUGACGCCGAUCAUCCUGGACUACCCCGAGGACCAGCUCGUCCUCACCGCCCUGCGCCACAACCACUCCGGCAACUACCUCAGCUAUCCGCGCAUGGUGGAGGCGGGCAGGGAGCACGCGAUUCCGGUGGUGCGGGAGUACAACGCCGGCCACACGCGAUCACACAGCCUCGCCGAGUUCCUGGAGACCAUCAAGAACGACCGCGGCCUCGAGGGCUGCGUGCUGCGGUUCGACGACGGCGCGAUGUUCAAGAUCAAGACCCUAUGGUACCACAACCUCAACCGGGGCCUCCACAUGAUGACCAAGACCAGGACCAACAACGAAAAGUUCAUGUGGCGCAUCAUCCUCGACCACAAGUACGACGACAUGAAGGUCUACAUCUCCGUCGACGAGAGAUCGCGGAUCGAUCGGUUCGCCAACGACCUCCUCACCAACCUGGAGGCGAGCGCCUCCGCCAUCGAGACCGAGGUGGCCCAAUUCAAGGCCACCCUUCCCGAGGAGGGGAACGCCGCCGAGCGGCAGAAGGCCUUCGCGCAGUUCGUGAGCUCCCGCGACAAGCUGGUGCAGCCCGUCUUCUGGAAGGUGUGGCGCGGUGACGACGCCCGCGAGAGUGUGCUCUCCCAUGCGCUCAAGAAUCUGGAGCGCAGCCUGGCCGAGGUGAGCGUUCUCUUCGCCGGCGGCGUCCGGUUUGCGCAGUACGCCAAGGACACCGAAAACCAGGUGGCCCGGCGGUCCUUCUCCGACUGGCACUGA